AUGAAAGCGAAUCAGAAUCGUCGGCUGGUGCUCGGACGGUCUGGCAUCGAGGGGUAUGGUAUAUUUGCAAGGCAGCCGAUCUUCAAGGGAGAGAUGGUGGUGGAGUACACCGGCGAGGCUAUCAGGCCAGUGGUAGCGGAUGUGCGCGAAGAGCAGUAUGAAGCAGCUGGACUCGGAACGUACUUCUGGAGGCUUGAGGAAUACUUGGGAGCAGGCGAGCCGCCCGAGGGUCGAGCUGCCAUCGUGGACGCGACGAUUCGGCACAACAUCGGUCACUACAUCAAUCAUUGUUGCGAUCCCAACUGUGAAGCCAAGAUCCUCAAGAUCAAUGGGCAACGCCGGAUCAUCAUCUCCGCGAUUCACGACGUACAAUUCGGUGAGGAGCUGACGUAUGACUACAAGCUGCCCUUCGAGGACAAGAAGAUUCCUUGUCACUGCGGAGCCCCGACAUGUCGGGGGACGAUGAAUUGA